AAAUUAAAUAAACAUUUUAGUCAACUGCGUUACCCACUCCAGUCAACAGAGGGCGGUCUGUGACUUUAAGGCGAUGCCGCUAGUGUGACGUAUAAUCUAGUGGACGGAACGCUUCUUUCAACAGCAGCAACACGUAGUCAGAAACCUCGGUAGCUUGCUAGACAAAAUAGCUGAACCAAUACAGCUCUUUGGACGCUUUCGUGUAUAUUAGUCACUGUGUUUAAAACCCACUUCUGACGUGUAGUUAGUUGUCCGAUUUAAUUUAAUAUUUACGUCGUUGUUGUUAUUAUUCAGCUAGCGGGCUGGGUAAGUUAGCAUUAGCCUAGCUAGCUAGCAUUCUCGACCAUGAGCUCACUAAGCUACUCUCCUCCUGAUAAAGAAGAGGAGGUCUGCUGCACGGAGAAAGAAGCUCUCGUCAAAGAGGAGGAGGAAGAGGAGGCUGUUACAAUACAAAAACAAGUAGAGGUUGAGGCUUUUACCGUGAAAGAAGAAGAGAAAGACGUUACAGUUAAAGAAGAGGAAGACGCGUUCAGAGUGAAAGAGGAGGAGGAUGUUACAGUAAAAGAAGAGGAGGCAGAGAAAGAGGAGGAUGCAGUUUUUGGAGUGAAAGAGGAGGAGAUGACUGUCACAUCCAAAAAGGAGGAGGAAGAAGAGGAGGCAACUGGAUAUCUCGGGCCGGUUUCCCAGACGCAUCUUAAGGCAUCCAACUAUGAAAUUAGCCUUAUGAUGCCUUCGGGAAACCGGUCCCUGGUUAAUACUAGAGAGAGACGGGACUAUCUUGGAUCCUCUGGGGAGCUUCAACAACCUCAUGAAGCUGAUGAGGCAAAGAAGAGUCCCUCUGGAUCAGAACACCUCAGUAAACAACAGCAGAGAGCCACAGGAGAGAAACCUUACUGCUGCUCCGACUGUGGGAAACAUUUCUCAAGAUCAAAUUCAUUAAAAGUACACCUGAGAAUUCACACUGGAGGGAAAUCUCACUGGUGCUCUGACUGUGGGAAAAGAUUUAACUCUACAGUAGACCUUAAAAUACAUCAUAGAAUUCACACAGGAGAGAAAUCUUAUGGCUGUGAUCAAUGUGGGAACAGUUUUUCUCAGCUAAAAACCCUGAAAUCACACCAGAGAACACACACAGGAGAGAAACCUUAUGGCUGUGAUCAAUGUGGGAAGAGUUUUACUGUGUCAAGCUCCUUGAUAGUGCACCAGAGAACACACACAGGAGAGAAGCUUCACCAUUGUUCAUUUUGUGGCAAAAGCUUUUCAACAUCACACACCUUGAAGGUGCACCAGAGAAUGCACACAGGAGAGCGACCUUAUAGCUGUAAUCAAUGUGGGAAGUGUUUUUUUACAUCUAGCAAUCUGACAAAACACCAGAGAACACACACAGGAGAGAAACCAUUUAGCUGUAAUCAAUGUGGCAAGAGUUUUGUUCAAUCUGGAGAUCUGAAGAUACACCAGAGACUACACACAGGAGAGAAACCUUAUGGCUGUGAUCAAUGUGGGAAGAGUUUUAAUCAGUCAAGCAGCCUGAUAGUACACCAGAGAACACACACAGGAGAGAAACCUUAUGGCUGUGAUCAAUGUGGGAAGAGUUUUAAUCAGUCAAGCAGCCUGAUAGUACACCAGAGAACACACACAGGAGAGAAACCAUAUAGCUGUACUCAAUGUGGGAAGAGUUUUGUUACAUCUGGCUGUCUGAUUACACACCAGAGAACACACACAGGAGAGAAACCUUAUACCUGUGAUCAAUGUGGGAAGAGUUUUACUCAGUUAAACAGCCUGAUUGUGCAUCUGAGAACACACACAGGAGAGAAACCAUAUAGCUGUAGUCAAUGUGGGAAGAAGUUUAAUUGGCUCAACAGCCUGGUAUCACACCAGAGAACACACACGGGAGAGAAACCUCAUAGCUGUAAUCAAUGUGACAAGAGAUUCUCAGAUAAAAGAUAUCUGAUUAAACAUCAGAAAAUACAUGGAUGAAGGAGUUGUUUCAUGAUGUCACUGUCACUGUUUUUAACAUUGUUGUAGGAUCAUUUUAAUGUUUGUUCAAUUGAUUUGAGAUUUUUGUUGUAAAGGGUUUUAACACGGUUUCCCAUGCUUGUUCAAUGAACCAUAAACAAUUCAUGAACAUGCACCUGUGGAACGGCCCUUAAGACACUAACAUCUUACAGACUGUAGGCAAUUAAGGUCACAGCGGCCUUUCUACUGACACCAAAAGAAAGAUGCACAGAGUCCCUCACCAUAUGCAUUAACGUGCCUUAGGCAUGCUGCAAAGAGGCAUGAGGACUGCAGAUGGGACCAAGGCAAUAAAUUGCAAUGUCCGUACUGUGAGACAGGGAGCAACAGGGAGACAAGACGGACAGCUGAUCACCCUCGCAGUGGCAGUCCAGACCGUCCACAAUAGGCUGAGAGAGGCUGGACUGAGGGCUUGUAGGCCUGUUGUAAGGCAGGUCAUCACCAGACAUCACCGGCAACAAUGUCGCCUAUGGGCACAAACCCACCGUCGCUGGACCAGACAGGACCGUCAAAAAGUGCUCUUCACUGACGAGUCGCAGUUUUGUCUCACUAGGGGUGAUGGUCGGAUUUCCGUUUAUCGUCGAAGGAAUGAGCAUUUCACCGAGGCCUGUACUCUGGAGUGGGAUUGAUUUGGAGGUGGAGGGUCCGUCAUGGUCUGGAGCGAUGUGUCACAGCAUCAUUGGCCUGAGCUUGUUGUCAUUGCAUGGAAGACAUCCUGUGUGGUACUCUUCCUGCAGGCUCAUCCUGCCAUGACCCUCCAGCAUGAGAAUGUCACCAACCACACUGCUCGUUCUGUGUGAUUUUCUGCAAAACAGGAAUGCGUUCUGCCAAGGCCAGCGAAGAGCCCGAAUCUCAAUCCUUUGAGCACAUCUGGGACCUGUUGGAUUGGAGGGUGAGGGCUAGGGCCAUUCCCCCCAGAAAUGUCCGGGAACUUGCUGGUGCCUUGGUGAAUGAGUGGGGUAACAUCACACAGCAAGAACUAGCAUGAGGAGGAGAUGCACUGCAGUACUUAAUGCAGCUGGUGGCCUUUUGAUUUUGACCCUCCUUUGUUCAGGGACACAUUAUUCAAUUUCUGUUAAUCACAUGUCUCUGGGACUUGUUCAGUUUGUCUCUCAGUUUUUGAAUCUUGUUAUGUUCAUACACAUGUUAAGUUUGCUGGAAGUAAACGCAGUUGACAGUGAGAGGACGUUUCUUUUUUUGCUGAGUUUGUUGUCUUAAGGGAGAAGGUGUUACGGGCUUUGGUUUUUCCAUUUAUGUUUUGAGGAUGGACUUCAGCACGUAUAGCUCAUUACCAUGUAGGGUGCACUGAUUGUCUCCUCCUUAGUAUGUGUUACACCUGUGCUGGCUUGUCCAUCCCGUUAUUUGGAAGGCGUUUCACCUGAGCUGGCCCAGGUUCUAUUUAAGAGUGGCUGGCCCAGGUGCUCCGGAUGCUAUUUAAGAGUGGCUGGCCCAGUGCUCCAGAUGCUAUUUAAGAGUGGCUGGCCCAGGCGCUCCAGAUGCUAAAUGUAAUGUAAUGUAAUUUAAGAGUGGCUGGCCAAGUGCUCCCUGUUUAUAAUUAAGAUUGGCUGGCUAAGUGCUUCUGGUUAUAAUUAAGAGUGGCUGGCCAAGUGCUCCUGGUUAUAAUUAAGAGUGGCUGGCCAAGUGUUCCAGUUGAUGGCCCAUGUGCUCCAGAUGCUAUUUAAGAGUGUCUAGCCCAGUGCUUCAGGUGCUAUUUUAGAAUGUCUGUCCCAGAUGCUCCAGGAUCUAUUUAAGAGUGGCUGGCCAAGUGCUCCCUGUUAUAAUUAAGAUUGGCUGGCUAAGUGCUUCUGGUUAUAAUUAAGAGUGGCUGGCCAAGUGCUCCUGGUUAUAAUUAAGAGUGGCUGGCUAAGUGCUUCUGGUUAUAAUUAAGAGUGGCUGGCCAAGUGCUCCUGGUUAUAAUUAAGAGUGGCUGGCCAAGUGCAUCACCCAUAGAAUCAUAUUGUUGAUAUUUUAAUCAAUGGCAUUUCCUUAGGAUGCUCAUUAGUCUUUCAAUCUUCUGUUUUUUUUAUCCUCUUAUGUUGUGUACUAAAUAUUUCUGUUUAUUCUUGUUUGUUUUUUCCCUGUGAAGCCAUUGUGUUGCAUCCAUGUCUGAAAUGUACUAUAGAAAUAAAGCUUGAUUUAAACA